AUGAAUGCAGUAAAAAGUUGUGUUGUCCUAUUCUUUUGUUUGUUAGUGCAAGAUGUUGUAUGUCGACGACGUGUGCACUUAAGACACGAUGGCAGGAUAGUAGGUGGUUACAAUGCAACCAUACAGAGUUUCCCUUAUCAAGUAUAUCUCUUGCUGAGAAAGGGAAAUGACUAUUACCAGUGUGGGGGAUCCAUUCUGAACGAAAAUAAUGUCUUGACUGCCGCACAUUGCUUGACCGGAAUGGAAGAGGUGUUCGUACGAGCCGGUAGUACGGAUUCCUUCAGUGGUGGUACCCAGUAUGAAAGCAAAACUUUCUUCCAACAUCCUCUAUACAAUACAGAAACAAGCGAUUAUGAUGUCGGCUACGUCCGCCUACCUACACGCAUGACUAUAGAUGGACAGAAUACUAAGAGAACAACACUGGUAGCAAGGAACACUGCUAUUCGUGCUGGCCAAAACGUCACUGUCAGUGGCUGGGGAGCUAUAGCUGAAAAAGGUGACACAAGUGACACAUUGAUGGCUGUGCAAGUACAAAUAGUUAGCAACGAAGAUUGUCGCAAAUCGUACGGAAACACAAUUACGUCUAGAAUGUUUUGCGCAGGAGUUCCUGAAGGAGGCAAGGAUUCAUGCCAGGGCGAUUCCGGUGGCCCAGUGGUAUUUUCUUCGAACACACGGCAACUUGGUGUAGUAUCCUUCGGUAUAGGCUGUGCUCGUAAGGGAACGCCUGGAGUGUACACAAACCUUGCCAACCCUCAAAUUCGCAGGUGGAUAAGAUUGAAUACGGGAGCAUGA